AUGCUAAUGGAUCCUACCAGUCAAGCAUAUCCCGCGCCAUCUAACUCGUCGUCCCGUCAGGGACAUCCUCCAAUCUACCCUCCCCCACCACAAGCCGUCCUGCCUAUUCCGCGGAGAUCAAAUACAGAAAAUUCCUCAGGAACUUCAUCUUCUGGCUCGAAGAGAAGACGCGCAUUGGCAGAAGAUGGUAGUGAUCCCGCCCGCCCUCGCACUCGGGUGUCGAGCACAUCCGACUUCAGUGUCAACACGAGGGCGCAGGUUAGAGAACAGUACAACAACAAGUGCUGGCACUGUGGAGCAAGUCCUGCAGACGUCUGCCAUGUUAUCGGCAGCAGAGAUAACACUUUUCAUGAGGCUCGCAAACAUGGUCUGAUCGACUUCCACGAGAAACAAAACCCACAGAACGCGAUCGCACUCUGCGGUACCUGCCAUACGAAUUUCGAUCAUUUCUACAAUCCCUCAUUCUUCUUCUUACCAACCGAUCUGGAGUACUUUUUGAACUACGAGCGACAAGAUCGAAAGCGUCGUCGGAGACUAGGACGUCGCACGGGGACAAUUCCAGCGCGGAUAUGUCCUACCGCCCAAACAUACCAAGAUCACCAAAUAAAUCAGGGAAUUGAAGGUGCCGAGGUGGGAGGGCUGUACACGAGGAUCGUGAUGAAUGACUUCCUCCCUCAAUAUCCUGGACGCGCGCCUUUUCAACCUGGUCUCAGUGAGUAUGGUGCGACAAAGUCAUGGCCGGGCUCGCCGAUGGCAUCUUUGCAGCGUGCUGUAGUUAUGCUGCGGAGACUCAAUCUGCAUGGAAUUCCUCGGGAAAUACGAAAUGCCUUGCGACAAUUACAAGAUGCGUACAGCGAGGAAUUGAAUCUCGACGGCUCAGAUACAAGCAGCCAAGGGAGCACCGAGCUGGGCCCAUCAGAAGGAGAUGAUAUUGAGCAAGGGAACCGGGACAGAUUGAAAGACAAGACAAGAGAACCUAGAGCCAGGUCGCAACGAAGUAGAGCAGAGCAGAGCUCUGCUGCAUGUUGGAAUAGAGAGCAGGAUUGUGAAGAGCACGGAGUCGCAGAAGACAAAGAAGGCAACGGCACUUGCACUUCAAAUGAUGGAGCCUAUUCAGAGGCAAAUCUUAACGCUGCAUUAUUACACUCAAGUUCACGCCAUCAGGACAUGGACUGCAUCGUGUCACCAGGCCGUAAUGCAUCACUCUGGCGUUGGGGACCCUACGCAACAAACUCUUUCGCGGCAUACGUAGCUCGUGCCACCUCGAUGUCCUUAAAGCUCAUUACCUUCGCCUUCCCAACCAAGUACGACCUCGAAGGCAUCAAUGCGGCUCUCGGUACCUUUGAUGAGGAACGACGAAUGCACCCUGUGGUGGUGACGAUGGGCACUCGUGCAGUUGGAACUGGGUUUCCCGCUAGAACAGCUAGUCGCGAUAGAGCUGUUUCGAAAAGAUUCUCUGUCAUUGCAAAAGACUCGGGCGAGAGAUCCAGCUCGUCUAUGAGCAUGGCGGAGCUUGCUUGA